AUGCCAGUAAAGCUUCAAAGGAGCACGUUGCCAGCAUUUCUGGAUGGGAUUGAUGUUGACAAGCUUCCACCAACCUUCCAGCAAGCCAUCAUCCUCACCAAGUCGCUCGGCAUAGAGUACAUAUGGAUCGAUUCUCUUUGCAUUAUCCAGGAUGACGACAUUGACUGGGCCAACGAGUGUACUCGAAUGACGUCUGUCUACAUGAAUUCAUUCAUCAAUAUUGGGGCGAACGCGGCUGGAGAUUCUCGGGGAGGUCUCUUUCAGCAACGGUCAUGGAAAUCUGUUAACCCCUUAGUGGUGCCACUCACGCAUAUACCCUCAGGUUGGCAUCGCAAACCUGUUGUGUUAUGGCCGAGUUAUCCAAUCGGAAACCUGCUCGAUCACGCGCCGCUUGGGGACAGAGGGUGGGUCGUCCAAGAGCGUCUUCUUGCGUCACGCACUGUCCAUUUCCUGAAACACAAAGUAGUAUGGGAAUGCGAUGAAUGUCAGGCAUCCGAGACGGAUGUUACAGGAAAGCUUGAAGACUUCCGUUUCUCUAGGAAGACAUAUCUAGCUGUACCCGUAGCACCGGGAAACGGCCGCGCUGGUCGCAUCCGCGAGUUUCUGGGCACAUGGACCAACAUUGUCAGCUUAUACAGCCACGCAAAGCUGUCGGUAGCCACAGACAAGCUGGUAGCAUUAUCUGGAGUCGCAAGAUAUAUGUUUGAACAUCGUCAGGACAAUAGGGCUAUGCAAUACUACGCAGGCCAUUGGAGCCAAGACUUCGAAUUGCAACUGACGUGGCGUGCCACCCCCUUCAACCCUGGCAGUCGGUCACGGACUUACGUCGCACCUUCAUGGUCGUGGGCGUCGUACAAUGGCAAGGUUUCAUUUCUAAUGCCUUACGAAGAAACCUCAUUGGCACAGCUCAUCAGUAUAGAGACCUUCCCACAAUCGGACCCGUUUGGCGCGGUCUCAGCGAGCUCCCAGGGCUAUCUCCGUUUUCGAGGUCCAUUAUGCAGAGCUGCUGUCACACACCUUGGACACUGGGAUGAGGUAUGGGGCUCUGGCACACUCAGAUUGCUUUGGUCUGGCAUCAACAUUGAAUGUCCUGAUUUGUCAUUUGAUGAGCCUGACGAAGUAGUAUUACUCGAGGAUAGUGCUGAGCAGCAAAAUUCCUUUGUCGUCUUCGGGAUCUCACAAUCUCAUUUCAUACUCCAAGGGAUCCUACUGCAGUUGACUGGGGUUCAAAGAGGUCAAUACCGUCGAAUUGGUAUCUUCCAAGUUGACAAUCCUUUUCCGAAAGAUGAGCAGUCCCCCUUUGUUAGUUUGCUAAAUGCGUUUGGUGCUAUGGAUAUACCUGAACAAUACUAUGAGCAGAGGGGAAACGAUUGGUAUGAGUUUAUGAUUGUUUGA